AGUAUAUCUCGACCCACAUCAAGAUUUGUGGUCACGCUUCUCCGGCGGGUCUGGAGCGCCUUAUUGGACUCUGGCUGCAUGCGGCUUUGAGCCACGAAAUUUUUCGGUCACAGAAGCAACACUCAUUCACUGUGAAUACCCUGAUCCCAAUAACCCGAUCCCGCAUCCUUCCCUGCCAUGAUUUGGUCAACAAAUUACUUCCGCCUCGCUUGUCAAACUCUAUUCACAUUAUUCUUUGCUGGUCGAGAUUUUGCUCCAAAAUGCAUCAUCAACGGGAUGAACAUCCAAGAUUACCUCACCACACAUUACCUUAAUGCUUUUCGGAAACUAGCAGAAAGGAUACGAGAUGCAGGUGACCUCUACGGUGAAUGCGUGAUCGGUGUGGAAUCGCUUAACGAGCCAAGCGAAGGCUAUCUCAGUCAUGAAAAUCUGAAUGACUACUCAUCUGAACAAGCAAUGAAGAGGGGUACUAGACCAACACCUGCACAAAGUAUGCGUCUUGGCAUGGGCGUUGCACAAACAGUGCAAAAUUGGUCGUUUGGUUCCACGGGGCCAAAACGGGAAGGCUUGGUAACAGUUGACCCCAAAGGGGUUAAAGCUUGGAUGGAUCCCUCUCACGAGCCUAAUUGCGUUAAUUCACGGUGGGGCUGGAAACGUAGCAAGGGGUGGAAGCUGGGCACGUGUAUUUGGGCGCUUCACGACGUCUGGGAUCCAGAAUCAGGCUACAUACUGAUUCCAGAUUAUUUCCACUCUCCACCCUUCGACCCAACAAGGCGGAUAGAUUUCGUUGCAGACUAUUGGCGCUCACAUUGGCGGCUUUGGUCCCAAAUGCUUAGGGAUGUUUAUCCCGAAUGCAUUCACUUUAUCCAACCCCCUGUCUUCGUCAAACCCCCUAGACUUGAAGAGGAGGAUUUGCAUGGGAGGUGCUGCUACACACCGCAUUAUUACGAUGGACUUACCCUAGUGACUCGGCAUUGGAACUGGUUCAAUGCGGAUGCACUGGGUCUGCUACGUGGUAAAUAUAAGACUACUCUGCAGGCACUUCGAAUAGGGGAGUGGGCAAUUCGACGUUCUCUCCAGGAUCAGCUGGGUAUGUUCUUGGAGGAUGCCAAGGAGUCGUUGGGUGCUUUCCCUACGCUUAUCAGUGAGAUUGGUACCCCAUUUGAUAUGGAUGGAAAGCGCGCGUAUCAGGAUGGGCCGCACUUUGGGGAUUACACGGAGCAACAGAAGGCUCUUGAUGCCAGUUUGAACGGCGCCGACGGAACGAACUGCCUCAGCUGGACUGUCUGGUCUUAUUGUCCCGAUAAUAAUCAUAAUUGGGGCGAUGGCUAUAAUUUGGAGGAUCUGAGCAUAUGGAGUGCCGACGACUUGGUAUUCCGUGGCGGGGUCGAAGGCAUGGAUCAUCGGAUAGGUGAAAACUUGGCAUCAGUACGUCAAAGCAUUAAUGACCAGUCGAAUACCCGUCUCCUCUUGACUGGCAACCUGUCAAAUUCCAGUCUGAAGAACGAAUUAUCCGACCUCCCUCCUGUUGUUCCACCAAUCACGCCUUUCACACCCUUCCAUCUUGGUAACCCUUCAUCGAGCACCGUCGAGACGUUUGAUGAAGCCCAGCUUCCCCGAAGCACAGGCGGUUAUCCUCUCCGUAAUCUGCCCGCAGAUGACUCAAGCAGCAUUGCCUCGACCACUAGUGUGUAUGACUGCGGCGCUGAAGCGGAUAAUCUCUAUGACUUCCUAACAAAUGGUGCCCGUGCCGUCGGUGCAUUUUGCCGGCCAUGGCCGAUAGCGGUUGUUGGAGUCCCAAAGGACAUACAAUUUAAUAUCUCCAAGGCGGACUUCAAACUCGUUGUCUCCGUCACGGAUGCUGAUGUUGCCGCUGCCUCUAAGCACCGGGUUAGCCCAUCGUCAUCUGCGCGCUCCCGAAGUUUGAGCGAAGACACCGAAAAAGAGGCCAUAUUACCUACCGAGAUCUACCUUCCACUCGUACAUUACUCUGCCGACCCCUUUACCAAACGAUUAAAACCCUUAUCUCCUUUCCGUGACCCCUCAGCACCUAACCUCCCUGGCCUUCAAUUGACCCGUCCUUCCGUCGAAUCUCGUACAUCCGCUGAUCCAUCCUCGACAGCCUACUCUUCAUCUGGCUCACGGACGCCUAUCCGAACACCCACUCCUGCAGGCGGAUUAGGAGACGCGCUUGCAACGAUGGCUGUGGAGGGGCAUGGGAACUCCCAAGCGCCUGUGUGGGCGACAUGGGCUGGUCGUGAUUGUCCCCUCGCGCUCGUCGUCGAAGCUAGUGAAGGCAGUCGAUGGGAAGUGGACGGACAAGUACUCAAAUGGUGGUAUCCUGUAACCGCACCUGCUGUGGGCGAGAAGUCUGUCGACAGUGCACAGGAGCAUUGGAUCCGCGUCCGGAGAGCUGAGGGGCCUAUCAAGGGUAUUGGGAGCGCGGAGAUUUACCUCGAUGAGGAAGGCACGUCGUGUUGGGAUGCUUGUUGUCCCAAAUGGAUGUGACUACACUCGGUGGGACUGUUUCUAUCGUGGCUCGUUUCGUUCCCUCUGCGCUUGUUUGGAUGGAGAAAAGCAUAUAUAGCUUUCUAAUUCGUAUGACCAUGAUUGACUUUGUUUUGGUUGUUUGAUGUUAAUUCGUCGUUUUUCGUGCGAUCGCUACGCAUUCAGGGUUUUCAAGCCUGUAUACCGCAGUUUGCGGUACUGUCAUCACUAACUUUGACUUCAGUGCAUAGUGAAUGCACAUCUCCGUCUGUGUAAAGUGUGUAGACGUACCCGGACUAUAUGCUAGACAGGACUCCAGCCUCUAUGACUUCGACCAUAUGCGUGAAUGAUGACGAUAGUUGUCUGGUUUGAAAAUGCAAC